GCGGCCCGCUGCUCCUGCUCUGCGGUGCACACAGCCCGAUGGCUCCCGACCCCAGCGGCUGGCGCGGCCCCUGGGGUCUGCUGCUGCUCAUCUGCUGCCUCGCGGCCGCCCGUGCUGACCUGAUAGGAUGGUUGUGGUCCGUUAAGUCUGCUGAGCCCACGGCUGCACUGGCCUCUGUGCCCCCUGGCAGCUCGCCUGUGCCGCCCACAGAGGACACCACCACGCACGUGGUCCCCCAGGAUGGCCCCGCUGAGCAGGGGACAGCCCCUGCCAGCCCUGAGCUGCCUCUGGAGAUGCUGGAGGCGGGCCAGGCCUGGACCUCCCCAGCCCCCACAGCCCCCACCGCGAGCCCGGACGCAAAGGGGGACAACAUUGCUGGCGUUGGAGCCGAGAUCCUGAGCGUGGCCCAGGGCAUCCGGAGCUUCGUCCGGCUGUGGGGCGACACCGCCCCCACCGAGAGCUCCAGCAGCGCGGGGACGCCCGCUCUGGUGACGCCCACGGAACCCCUCACCACCCCUGGACUUCCCAGCGCCCCCCAGGAGAACUGGAUCGCUCUCUGGCUGAACAGUGAGGCCCCAAGCUCUCCGGACACCCAGAGGACCGAGGCCAGCACCCUGCCAGUGCCCACCCAGCCGCCGCCCUCCCCAGGCGGGCCCUGGGCACCACUCAGGGAGACCUUGGUGCCCCCGCCGUCGCCAGGUAGAACUUCCCUCUCCUCCGCGCCAGGCGGGGCCCCUCCCUGGGGAAGCCGGCAGGCCCUGGGGCAGCCCUGGGAUCUGGACAGAGAAGGACUCCUGCCCAUGGCGGCCCGCCCUGGCCAGCAGCACCGGCACCCCGACGUCCGCGAGCGCACGCCGCCUCCGCCUCCCCUGGUGAUGGGCUCCCUGGGCGCGCACGCUGCCCCCUCGGCUCUCUCCUCGGGGCCCCCCGCCAAGCUGUCUCACAUCCUCCUCUCAGCUCUGAUCAGGGGCACUGGUGCUUGGGCGCCCCACGUGGCUGCCUCUGUGGGGCCUGGUCUCGCUAACAGCUCCACGCUGCUCGGGGCUGACCCGCUGACCCCCGCCGGGCAGCCUGUCGGCCUUGCCGCCGGCCGCUGCCUGCCCCUGCCGCCCUCCUUGGCGGUCUGCGGCCACCUGGGCAUCGGGCGCGCCUGGCUGCCCAACCACCUCCACCACGCGAGCGGCGAGGAGGUGCAGGCCGCGGCCCGGGCCUGGGGGGCGCUGCUCCAGACCCACUGCCACCGCUUCCUGGCCUGGUUCUUCUGCCUGCUGCUGGCCCCCCCCUGCAGCGCCAGCCCGCUGCCCGCCCCGCCGCCCUGCCGCCAGUUCUGCGAGGCCCUGGAGGACGCGUGCUGGAGCCACCUGGACGGGGGCGGGCUGCCGGUCACCUGCACCUCGCUCCCGGCCCGGGAGGACGGGCACUGCGUGUUCAUUGGGCCAGCUGCAGACAGGGAAGGCUUCGAGGUGGGGCUCCAGCAGCUGCUCGGGGAGCCCCCGCCCCGGCAGGUCGCCCUGGUGCACGACCCCGACGUGGGGCCCGCCUACGAGUUCGGCCCGGAGAGCGGCGGCGGCCAGGCGGCCGAGAGCCUCCUGCCCGGCGCCUUGUUCCGCGACUUCUCGCUGCUGGCGCGCGUGCGGCCGGCCUCGGCGCGCGCGGGCGUGCUGUUCGCUGUCACCGACGCGGCGCAGGCGGUGGUCUCGGUGGGCGUCAAGCUGGCGGCGGCGCGCGGCGGGCAGCAGCAGGUGCAGCUGCUGUACACGGAGCCCGGCGCCGCCCGCACGCGCACGGCCGCCAGCUUCGCGCUGCCCGCGCUGGACGAGCGCUGGACGCGCCUGGCACUCAGCGUGGACGGCGCGCACGCCGCGCUCUUCGUGGACUGCGAGUUGGUCCAGCGCGAGCCCCUGGCGCGCUCCCUGCGCGGCCUGCAGCUGGAGCCCGGUGCCCGCGUCUUCGUGGCUCAGGCUGGCCGAGCGGACCCCGACAAGUUCCAGGGGCUGAUCUCAGAGCUGCGGGUGCGCGGAGACCCCCAAGUGAGACCCUUGCACUGCCCGGAGGACGGGGACGACCGGGACGACGCGGACGAUGGGGUGUCCGGAGACUUCGGCAGCGGGCUCGAGGGGACCCGGGAGCGUCUCGGGGAGGAGGCGGGCGUGCCCCUGGAACCCAGGCUCCCCGAGGCUCCCCCGGUCACUUCUCCACCCUUGGCUGGAGUUGGCAGCGAGGAAGAGACCAGAACUGACGAAAUCGAGGAGGAAGCCACGGCGUCUUGGUUAGGAGCUCAGACCCUCCCCAGCUCAGGCGCCGUCACCGCGUGGGACAGGAGCGUGUGGAGCCCUGGGGGCAGCCUGGAAGAGCGAGGCCUGAAGGGUCAGAAGGGGGAGCCAGGCGCUCAGGGUCUGCCCGGCCCGGCGGGUCCCCAGGGUCCUGCGGGACCAGUGGUGCAGAGCCCUGACGCACAGCCUGUUCCCGGGCCCCAGGGACCCCCUGGACCCCCAGGACCACCGGGGAAAGAUGGCGCCCCUGGAAGGGAUGGCGAGCCUGGUGACCCCGGCGAAGAUGGGAGACCUGGAGACACUGGGCCACAGGGCUUCCCGGGAACCCCAGGGGACGUGGGCCCCAAGGGUGAGAAGGGGGAUCCUGGGGUUGGGCCAAGGGGACCCCCAGGACCCCAAGGGCCUCCAGGGCCACCGGGACCCUCCUUCAGAUACGACAAGCUGACCUUCAUUGACAUGGAGGGGUCCGGCUUUGGUGGCGACCCGGAGAGCCUCCGCGGCCCUCGAGGCUUCCCCGGCCCCCCUGGGCCCCCUGGCGUCCCAGGCCUGCCCGGAGAGCCGGGCCGCUUCGGGAUGAACAGUUCGGAUGUCCCCGGACCCGCAGGCCUUCCUGGAGUGCCUGGGCGAGAUGGGCCCCCCGGGCCUCCUGGGCCCCCGGGACCCCCAGGUCCUCCAGGAAAAGAGGGGCAACCAGGCGAGACUGGCCAGAAAGGCAACCUGGGCGAGGUGGGCGCCCCAGGACCCAAGGGAAGUAAGGGAGACCCUGGCCCCAUCGGCGCUCCUGGGGAGCACGGCCUGGCAGGAGCCCCAGGACCAGCAGGACCUCCAGGGCCCCCAGGCCCCCCCGGGCCUCCAGGACCAGGACUCGCUGCAGGAUUUGACGACAUGGAAGGCUCCGGGGGACCCUUCUGGUCGGCAGCCCGAGGUGCUGACGGGCCGCAGGGACCGCCCGGCCUGCCCGGAGUCAAGGGGGAUCCUGGAGCCACAGGGCCACCAGGGACCAAGGGAGAAGUCGGAGCAGACGGAGCUCCCGGCCUCCCUGGCAGAGAGGGCGCGGCUGGAGCCCAGGGACCCAAAGGAGAAAAAGGGACCCAGGGAGAGAAAGGCGACCCAGGGAAGGAUGGAGUGGGACAGCCAGGCCUCCCCGGCCCCCCCGGGCCCCCUGGGCCUGUCGUCUACGUGUCGGAGCAGGAUAGGGCGGUGGCGAGUGUGCCGGGCCCCGAGGGCCGCACGGGGUUUGCAGGCUUUCCCGGACCUGCCGGGCCAAAAGGAGACCUGGGCUCCAGAGGCCAGCAGGGCCCCCCGGGGCCCAAGGGUGAGAAGGGUGAGCCGGGCAUGGUCUUCAGCCCCGACGGGAGAGCAACGUCCCUGGCCCAGAAGGGAGCCAAGGGUGAGCCUGGCUUUCGAGGACCCCCGGGCCCAUAUGGGCGGCCAGGGCACAAGGGAGAGAUCGGCUUCCCUGGACGGCCGGGUCGCCCCGGGAUGAACGGAUUGAAAGGGGAGAAGGGGGAGCCGGGAGAUGCCAGCGUGGGAUUCGGCGUGAGGGGUCCGCCUGGCCCACCUGGGCCCCCAGGGCCCCCGGGCCCCCCCGGGACUCCUGUCUACGACAGCAACGCAUUCGUGGAGUCUGGCCGCCCUGGACCCCCGGGAUUGCCAGGAUACCAGGGACCUCCUGGACCGAAGGGUGACAGAGGAGAAGUGGGCCCGCCCGGACCCCCAGGGCAGUUCCCGCUGGACCUGCUGCCGCUGGGCGCCGAGUUGAAGGGGGAGAAGGGUGACCGCGGGGUCGCUGGACAGAAAGGGGAGAGAGGCGAGCCCGGGGGCGGUGGCUUCUUCGGCUCCAGUGUGCCUGGCCCCCCUGGCCCGCCAGGGCACCCUGGGAUUCCGGGUCCCAAGGGUGAGAGCGUCCGAGGCCAGCCUGGCCCGCCUGGGCCUCAGGGGCCCCCUGGCAUUGGCUACGAGGGACGCCAGGGGCCUCCUGGGCCCCCCGGCCCCCCAGGGCCCCCAGGACCCCCCUCCUUCCCGGGCCCAUACAGACAGACUAUCAGCGUUCCCGGGCCCCCCGGCCCACCCGGGCCCCCCGGCCCCCCUGGCUCCAUGGGCGCCUCCUCGGGGCAGGUGAGGGUCUGGGCCACAUACCAGACCAUGCUAGACAAGGUGCCCGAGGUGCCGGAGGGCUGGCUCAUCUUUGUGGCUGAGAGGGAGGAGUUGUACGUCCGGGUCCGGAAUGGCUUCCGGAAGGUUCUGCUGGGGGCCCGCACGCCCCUCCCGCGUGGGACGGACAACGAGGUGGCCGCCUUGCAGCCCCCAGUGGUGCAGCUGCAUGAGGGCAACCCGUACCCCCGCCGGGAGCUCCCUCACCCGACGGCACGGCCUUGGUGGGCAGACGACACCCUAGCCAAGCCCCCGCGCCUGCCGGACCCACAGCCCUACCCCGGAGCCCCGCACCACGGCUCCUACGUGCACCGCCAGCCGGCACACCCCACAGGCUCGCCCACCCACACCCACCAGGACUUCCAGCCAGUGCUCCACCUGGUCGCGCUCAACAGCCCGCAGUCAGGCGGCCUGCGCGGCAUCCGCGGGGCCGACUUCCAGUGCUUCCAGCAGGCGCGCGCUGUGGGGCUGGCCGGCACCUACCGCGCCUUCCUGUCCUCGCGGCUGCAGGACCUCUACAGCGUCGUGCGCCGCGCCGACCGUGCAGCCGUGCCCAUCGUCAACCUCAGGGACGAGGCGCUGUUUCCCAGCUGGGAGGCCUUGUUCUCGGGCUCCGGGGGCCAGCUGAAGCCGGGCGCCCGCAUCUUCUCUUUCGACGGCCGAGAUGUCCUGCAGCACCCCGCCUGGCCCCAGAAGAGCGUGUGGCAUGGCUCGGACCCCAGCGGGCGCCGGCUGACCGAGAGCUACUGCGAGACGUGGCGGACCGAGGCCAGGACGGCCACCGGCCAGGCCUCCUCGCUGCUGGCGGGCCGGCUGCUGGAGCAGAAGGCCGCGGGCUGCCACAACGCUUUCGUCGUCCUCUGCAUCGAGAACAGCUUCAUGACCUCCUCCAAGUAGGGCCUCUGUUGGCUCAGCGGACAGGACGGACAGACAGAUGGCCAGAGAGGAGGCCAGGCGGCAGGCCGGGGGCGCGGAGGUGCCCCCUGGCAGGGCAGGGAGCCUCGCCGGCGCCCCCAGGGAAGGGACCUGGCUGGGACACUUCCCUGUGUGGUUCACCUUCCAUGUAACCCUCAAGAAAUAAAAGGAAGCCAAAGAGUGUAUUUCUUAAAAAGUUUAAAACAGCCUGGUGCCAAGACUCUUCCGUCCCUCCCGGGGCCCUGGCCAGGCUGCUCACGCGGGGGCCUCGGUGCUGGUGGAGCCAUGAUUGGACCAGGGGCAGACCUGGCCCUCACUCUGCAGGAGGCCGACUCGAACCUACCACCCAGGGAGGCGUGUACCCAGGGCCUCCCGGGUGCCCAGCAGGGCCCUCGGCCACCCCAGGCAUCCUGUCCCGCCCUCCUCCUCACGCACAAAUCUCAGGCCUGUUUGCAGAACAGCCGUGAGGAGGUGCUGGGAGCUGCCCCCCAGCCCCCCUCCUCCCUCUCACCACCAGGCCCAGGAGCUGUGCAGGAGCAGAGAAGGGGCCCUCCCUCCCUCCCCAGCUGACAAGCGGCAGGACAGCUCAGUCACUGCAUGUGAGGGAAGACGGACUCCCUUUUCUUAGCUUCGUGUAGUUCAGCACCCCACUGCUGACCCCGGGUUCCAACCCCUGCCCCCCCCCCACGCUGCUGGGAGCAGAGCCUGUGUGUCCCCUGGGCAGCUCUGCCACAUGGAGCUGUCUGCGGGCCUCUCUUCCAUGCUGGCUUCUCGGGUGACCCCUGUGGCCACACCCAGUGAAGGGCCUGACCCCCACCCUGGCUGUGCUGGGGGAGUUUGGAGGGUCCGUGAACCAGGGAGUGGCAGUGCCCCACCCUGACCUCACACACAGCUCUCCUCUCCCAGGGCGAGGACCCCCAGCUCAGCACCCGCCCAGCUUUCCUCAGGAGCACAUCCUGGGGCCCAGCUGGGCCAAACGUGGGCACCCCCAAAGCCCUGGGUCCAAACCGCUCUCUGUUGGGCUUGGCGCCAGCAUCUCAGGUUCACCUCUGCAGGACACGGAGCUCAGAAAACCUCAUAGACAAAGGGGACAGCCACACGUGCCCCGCCUGGACAUGGCUCACAGCCCCCGGGCUUCCCCAGCGGAGCCUCAGGAUGGGCGAGGCUGCACGGAGGGGUCAAAGCUGGCCCGGGACAGGAAGGGGCCACGUCUGCGGGUGGGCCCCGUGCAGGCGGGGUGAAGGCUGCUUGUGCCCAGGCCCCUGCUCACGACUGCUGCUCCAGCGUGACAGGAAAAUCUUUGUGGUCGUCCUUCUCUUGGGAAGAAUGAAGGGGACAUUUUAGGGUGCAUGCAGGCAGCUCUGGGGGAGCUGGUGGGGUGGCCAGAGCCCAGACUGUGCUGUCUGAGCACUGUGACUACACUGGAGGGGCUGGUCAUGUUAACUGUGUGUGUGGUUUUCAAACAGGCUCCAAAUAAAAAUGACUGUUUACCCUGA